AUGAAGUUUCCUGAAUUCGGUUCCGAAAACCGAAAUCUUAGGCUUGGACUAUGCACAGAUGGAAUGAAUCCUCAUGGUAACAUGAGCAGUCGCCAUAGCACUUGGCCGGUUCUUUUAACAGUUUACAAUCUUCCUCCUUGGUUAUGCAUGAAGCGUAAAUACAUCAUGUUAUCUUUGUUAAUAUUUGGGCCUAAACAACCAGGAAACGACAUAGAUGUGUACUUGACACCGCUUAUUGAAGAUUUAAAGAUACUGUGGAAUGAAGGUGUGGCGGUGUUUGAUGCUCAUAGCCAAACCAACUUCACCUUGCGAGCCAUGCUGUUCUGCACAAUCAAUGACUUCCCAGCAUAUGGUAACUUGUCAGGAUACACUACUAAAGGGGCUAAGGCAUGCCCUAUUUGUGAAGAUGAAACAGAUGAUCUUUGGCUAAACAAUAGUAAGAAAAAUGUGUUCAUGAGUUAUCGAACCUUUCUACCCAUUGACCAUCCUUAUAGAAAGAAGAAAAAAGUUUUCAAUGGAAAAUCUGAGACUAGAGUGGCUCGCUCACCAUUAUCAGGGGAUGUCGUUUAUGAAAGAGUCAAAAACAUUGAUAUUGUGUUUGGAAAAACUUCAAAAACAAGUCAGAAGGGUAUUUGGAAAAAGAGGUCUAUAUUCUGGGAUUUACCAUAUUGGGAGCACUUAUCUGUUAGACAUUAUCUUAAUGUAAUGCAUGUAGAGAAAAAUAUUUGUGAUAGCAUUAUCGGGACAUUGUUGAAUAUUCCAGGUAAGACGAAAGAUGGUAUAAAAGCUAGAAAAGAUAUGGUUGAAAUGGGGAUAAGGGAUCAGUUAGCACCACAACACUCGGGAAAGAGGGCAUACUUACCUCCAGCUUGUUAUACUUUGUCUAAAAAGGAGAAAACAAGUUUUUGUAGCUGUCUGAAUGGUAUUAAGGUUCCUUCUGACUAUUCAUCUAAUAUUAAAAAACUUCUUUCAAUGAAGGACCUUAAAUUGGUUGGUAUGAAAUCUCAUGAUUGCCAUGUGUUAAUGCAACAUAUGUUACCUGUUGCUAUUAGAGGCAUAUUACCAAACCAUGUUAGACAAACAAUUACCAAGCUUUGUUACUUUUUCAAUGCCAUUAGUAGUAAAGUUGUUGAUCCAGAUGUGUUAGAUUCGUUGCAAGCUGAUGUGAUAGUAACUUUAUGCCAAUUUGAAAUGUAUUUCCCCCCAUCAUUUUUUGAUGUUAUGGUGCAUUUAACAGUUCACUUGGUGUGGGAAAUUAAAAUGUGUGGUCCUAUAUUUUUAAGGUAUAUGUAUCCAUUUGAGAGAUACAUGGGAAUUUUGAAAGGAUAUGUGAGAAAUCGAUACCGGCCAGAAGGGAGUAUAAUUGAAGCUUAUGGCGCUGAAGAAGUUAUUGAUUUUUGUACUGAUUAUUUGUCUAAUGUUGAGUCGAUUGGUGUUUCUAAAUCACGUCAUGAAGGAAGACUCACAGGAAAAGGUACCAUUGGGUAUAAAGCUAUUCUACCAAAUUCAAAAAUGCGAAAUCAGGCUCAUCAUCUCGUACUAAAGCACCUUUCUGAGGUUCAUCCAUACUUGGAUCAACACAUGUCUAUUCUGAUGAAACAAAAUCCUUCUAAGGGUGAAAGAUGGAUAACAAAUGAACACAAUAACACUUUUAUCAACUGGUUCAAAGAUACAGUGUUCCAAGAUUUAUCUCAAGUGUCCGAUAAUAUCAGUGAAACCAUUCGAUGGUUAGCAUGGGGCCCUGGUGUUCUUGUGGACUCUUAUGAAGGAUAUGAUAUUAAUGGGUAUACGUUUUACACAAAAUGUCGAGAUGAAAAAAGUGUGGUGCAAAACAGUGGAGUGACAUUAGUAGCACUAUCAAGAGACUAUUCUAGUGCUAAAGAUACUAACCCGGUAGAUGCUGCUUUGUCAUACUAUGGAGUCAUUGAAGAAAUUUGGGAACUUGAUUAUACGGUGUUUAAGAUUCCUCUAUUCCGAUGUUCUUGGGUUGAUAACAGACGGGGUGUCCGAGUAGAUGAUAUGAGUUUUACCUUAGUUGAUCUUGGUCGACUGGGAUAUCGUGAUGAACCGUUUAUACUUGCAUCUCAAGAUAAACAAGUCUUCUAUGUUUCUGAUCCAAUUGAUAGUAAGUGGUCAAUUGUCUUGCAAGGGAAAAGAAGUAUUGUUGGUGUUGGUGAUGUUGAGGAUGAAGAAGAAUAUGACCACUUUGAUGAAAUCCCACCAUUUUCUAUUGGUAUUCAAUCUGUGGCUUUAGGUGAAGAUAACAUUGAUACCAGUUACAUGCGUACUGAUCAUGGAGAAGGAUUGUGGGUUGACCAUCCUAUAGUAUAA